CCAUAAAAGUCAAAAUUGUAGUACAAAAUUCUUUGUAUACUAAAAUAAAAAUAUCAUAAAAAAUGGGUGUUGCAAAGAAAAAAUACAAAGCCAAGCCAAAACCCAAACCUGUGAUCGACUAUCCUCCUGUUCCGACUAAAAAAUGGAUACCGCCUGAAAAAAGGAAGAAGCCACCAAAGCCAGAACCCAAAUACAAAAAACCGGAGGGCAUAUCGCAAAAAUUAGCCAUCUCCACACUGAAAAAGGUCUGGAAUAAAUUUGACAUACACGACGAUGCAGGAAUCCUAGUUGGUCACUUCAGUCAAUUUCACAAAAGAUUUAGUUUCAAAUCUAACGGAUACCAAGGUGCAUGUAAUUCAGCUAUUGCCUGUGUUUAUUCGAACCUCUAUAAAAUGGCAGAUUGGACUCCGCAAAUACUAGACGAAAUUAUUAUAAGAGGUGACGAAAUAUACGUUCGCAGUACUCAGCAAGGAGACAAGUGUCUAAUAGAAAUACCGCCGGAAAAAGUGCACACGUCAUUUUUCCUGGGCAACGAUAAAAUCACUCUUUUUGUUAGCCCGAACGAGAAGAUAUCGAUGGAACUGAUAUCAACAAGUGAAGAAAAAGCGAAAGAAAUGAUUAGUAGUACAUUACAACCAUUUCUGAAGAAACAUGAUUCUGGUAUAUUUUAUAUAAAAGAAAAAUAUGUCGCGAUUUGGGUAAAAGAUGGAGUAUAUUACUUUUUCGAUCCUGAAGAACACGACGAUGUUGGUAACUUGUGGACUGGUAUUCCAGGUGCAGGGCUGUCGUUUCUUGGCCGCUUUAAAAAGCUGGAAUCUCUAACAAAUUAUCUUUAUAAAAAUUUUCCUGUCGUCAAAGAACCAUACACAAAGUUUAACGUAAUUCCGUGCGGUAUCGCUAGGAUAGUUCAUGUCAAUACAACACCGCCAGAGACGUUUGAAGAACUGGCACCACAAGAUCAAUUUUAUUCCGAAGUAAUUGAAGAUGAUAUACCACCACCACCAAAUGUGAAACACGAAGCGCUGGAAAAAUACGUGAUGGCAGAUAAAGAAGAGAAGGAUCCGAAAGAAAUUCAAAUUAUGGAACUAUCGCCCUAUGUAACUGGUGAGUUUCCAGCCAGCAGACGACCAUCCUUUCUCGCAGAAGGUCCAAUUCAAAAAAAUGAUGUCUGUCGGUAUCCGAUUCCGGUUCCGACAUAUCUCAAAGGCGAGCAUGCCAAAUUGACUUAUUACACAGAAUUAGUGCCAUCAAGAGUAGGUAUUUUAAGAGGAAAUACUUGUCAAACUAAUCCAGAAUUCUCCAAAUAUGAGGGAAGACAAUCUAUGGGCAAUGCUAUGUCGGCGCUCGUUAUGCUUAGGUUGUGCAAAUCGAAACACUGGAUUCCGAGAAUCGUAAACAGCAUUUUAGAGCAUGGAGACAUUUUAUUCAGAAAUGCUAUGAUUAAUAUUCCAAGAACGCACAGUUUGCGUCUGUCCAAUUUCUCGAAAAGACUGGAAUACGAGGGCAAAUAUUUCAUCCCUAACAUCGAGGAGUACGCUCUGGUCGGUCAGCUGCACAGUCAAGAUUAUGACGUUUUGGAUCUCGGUCCGGCUUUGGAUGAAAUGUUAACCGUACACGACUGUUGCAUAAUUCUUGGUCCGCUAAUUCUGGCUGUCUGGAUAGAGGACGGACUUUACUACAUGUUUGAUCCGAAUGAAAGAGAUCAAAAUGGAAAAGCCAUUAAGAAGAUCACUACGGGAGGGUCCAAUGUAAUAAACAUCGAUGAUGGUUGUGGAGUGGCAUGCGUUACGUGGUUCAUCAAUUUAAACGACUUGGUAGAAUUAUAUAUAAAUAAUACGGAAAAAAACAAACGCAAUGACAGAUUUUAUCUGAGCAAAGUUGCAAUCAACGACUACGAAGAAAUAUCAGAUGACUGGAAUAACUUUAAAGGUAUCGGGCUUGGAAAAUGGAUUCUCAGAGGUACUUUCAAUCAAGCCAGUAUAAGAUUCUCUCCUGAAUCGAGAAACAUACAGGGAUCGGCAAACGCUAUGAUUGCACUUGCAAUGCAACUUCUUUUCAAUAUCCAAGAAUGGUCUAGCGAUACUGUCGAUGAAGUUCUAAUGACUGGCGAUGGUUUUUAUAAAUCUUCCGUCGAAUAUCUUCAAAAAAAAGGCUUAUUUACUAAACCUCGUUUAAUGUUAAACGAACUGAAAGGUUCUGUCAAAAUUCGUGAUAAAGAAGCCUGUUACGAAUUGGACGAAUGCAUUGUUAAUGGAUUAAUCUGCGCCAAAGAGAAAAAUGAUCCUGUUAAUUUAAAAAAGGGUCUGGAAUACUUUUUUGCAGACAGUGAUAUGGGUAUUAUAACUACCAGAGAUAUAUCAUUAGCUAUUUGGAUGAAAGAUGGUGUUUUUUAUUAUUUAGAUCCUUACAGUAGAGAUAAAGAUGGAUAUGCCGCCGGUUAUGGUACUUCGUGCACAAUCAGGUUUCUCACUUUGGACGACCUAGUACAAAUUGCGGAAGCUAAUUUAGACUGCAAUACAGAAGAUUUAUUUAAUGUAACUAAAGUAACCAUAAAUUUGUAUGAUGCUGGCUCGGCCGGUUCUGCGGUACCUCCUUUGAAUAACUACGUAAAACUAACGGAUAACUCGGCAAUUUUAAGAAGUUGGUUGAGUGAAAACAACGAAAAGUACGAAAUCAGAAAAGGCCGUCAAACCGUACCGAUGUGCCUUACCGCCAUAAGUUUCAAUAAAUUAAAGCCUUCCAUUCAGUGGACUAAGAACGAUCUCGAUGAAAUAUUAGAUAAGGGUGACGAUCUUUACAUCCAAUCAAUGGCUAAAAUUCAGAGUGAAAUGGAUGAAUCGGCUGUAGAAGUAGACACCGAAGAAGAUGAAGAAGGGACACAACCAGCGAAUAAUAAAGCAGGUGGUGAUGCAAAAGCGACACCUCCAACUAAAGAAAUAGCCGAUAGCGAAGAAACAGAAAAUGAAGAACAAACACAACAGGAAGGUGAAGAAGAACCAGAAGUGGAAGUAAAAGUGACAUCAGAAAAUGUAAAAAAUGACUUUAAUAUAGGUCCAAACAAUUUUGCCUUAGAGUUCUCAGAGAUUGCCUCGGGAAAUAUUAAAGAAUUGCUCAAAGAUGCUUUAAAAACUGCGUUUGAAGAGGAACAAACGGAUGAAAACUUCAAUCAGGAAGUUUUGCUCGAAGCAAAGCACUACACGGUUGUUCUUUGGAGAGAUGACAAGGCAUACUAUGUUUUUGAUUCAAGACCUAGGGAUAGCAAUGGAGAAGUCAUAGGUAAAGAAGACUGGGAUCCCGAACCAGAUGAAGAUAAUCAACCAUCUGGCAAAGUUGACGCAAUAAAAGCAGGUUCAAAAGGUGAUUUUGCAGCCACUUAUGGAGAAGAGAAUGAAGACGAAAUGGAUGCGUAUGAUGAUCAGCCAGAAGAGAGAGGAAUAUUCGAAACAUUUAAAGAAGAAGAUCGUGUAAAAUCUAAAAGAUCGCCAUUCUAUUGGUUACAACAAGAAAUAGCGGGACGCGCUUGCGUCGUUUGGUUCACCAAUCUGGACGACUUGGCAAAAUAUCUUUACGAAAAUAUUCCUCCAUUGGAUAGAGCUGGUAGCGGCUUUACGUUAAAAAGAGUAGCGAUAGUAAAUAGUUUAAAAUGUAAAGUAAAAUAUAAUGAAGAAGACGAAAGAACGGAUGCCUACGAGGGAGAUUAUUAUUUUUUUAAAGAAUUUGAUCGCGGCCAGUGGAUUUUAAGAGCAACUCUGGAUUUGACGCACGAAUUAUUCCCUCAUAGCAAUAGAGGAAAGCAAACGCUAACAGCCAGUCUCAUAGCCUUAGCUGUAGCCCAUACUUACGAAAUAACCUGUUUCGUUUCAACAACUCCAGACUCCAUAUUAGUAUACGGCGAUAAAUUGUACACCUAUAUGAAAAAAUCUCGAAAGCUACAGUUACUUGGCGAUCCAAAAAUCAACUUGAAGGAAGAUGAGAUUGAUUGGAUUGUGCAACAUGAAGAAUUUAGUAUUAACGAUAUACCUAAGAAAAUAUGUCUUGCCCAAUUCAUGGUAGAAGUGGGUGUCAAACCAGAAUUGGUAGUUGGCGAUAUUAAAGCACAAAAUUUCGAAGACCUGUUUGAUGUCCAGCGAGGAUUACAAAAGUUUUUUGAAGAAGCCACGUAUGGCAUUUUGUUUGCUAAAGGGUUAUAUGUUGCUGUGUGGAAAGGGGCAAAAAUGUAUUAUAUGUUUGAUGGCCUAAAAAGAGGCCCUAACGGAGUUCAGUCCAAAAUUGGCACUGGAUGUGUAACUAGACACUUAAGUCUUAAAAAUUUAUCAAAAUUGUUUUUACAAAACUUACCAGUUCUUGGUUUAAAUCAGUUUUUUAUACAUCAGGUAACAUUAAGUAGAAAUUUGUGUCCACGGGAGAGAGCUCCAAAAGAAUUAAUACCGACACCAAAAGCAGUAUCCAAAUCAGCAGGUUUAGCGUCAGUUGUCCCUGGAAAAUUAAUAAUAAGAGGAACUAUUAGCCAAGAAGAUCCAAGGUUUGGAAAGGGGCCAAACGUAAUGAGUGCACCUAUAGCAAUAGUAGCCUUAACAAUGUCAAUAAUACACAAACCUGAAAACUGGUCAAGACCUAUAGUAGAUGAAAUUGUUAUACUCGGUUCUGAACUAUAUGAAGAUAGUGUUAAUGAACUAGGUUUUGAUUUUAAUCCGUGGCAAGAUAGUCUGGACAUUUAUAAAGUUAGAAACGAUUUCAAAUUGGGAGUUAUUAAUGUAAGCUGCGAAUUUAGAAACACCGAUCAAAAAGGGUAUAUUGAUGGGAAACACAGUGGUUCUAAAAACUUGAGAGAAGGUUUAGAAGAUUUUUUCCUGGAAAAUACUCAUGGUAUUCUGGUUACCGAACCAGUUACUUUGGCAUUAUGGGAGCAGAAACAAGAUGAAGGCGAAGAUUCGCUAAUUUUCGUUUUUGAUCCAAACCCCAGGAGUUCUACCGGAAUGCCUCUGUUCACCGGAACUGCCUGUUUAAUGGCCUUUGUAAAUAGCAAAAUGGCCGCUGAACACAUUAUAGGCUGUAUUUUGGACCCAGCUCAACGAGAUGGAGAAUUUGUCAUAGUUCCAGCCGAGAUAGUAGUACGCUGCGGUAAAAUGGUGAAACGGCCCCUUGAAAAAACGCCUACACGAAGCAGUGUUAAUACCUUGCCACGUUGCUCAAAACAAACUGUUUCGGAGCAAAAGAAAAAAUUGAGAAAAUUGGCUGAGAGCGAACGCAAACAUAAAGAAGCAAAGAAACUCGAAAUGAUUGGUAGAAAUGGUUACCAUCUUAAAGGAGCAGAGGCCAUGCUCAGAGGAUACAAGAGUCAAAAUUCCUCAAGUUAUUCUGCAGAGUCCAGAAACAAACAAGAUAUACCAAACUGUAUAGUGUCAGUUGUAAUGCACAAUUUGAUGUCAAUAGAAGAUUGGAACCACAAACAUAUAGAUAUUGCCUUAAAUACAGGCGACCAAUUAUAUAUAGAUUCGUAUAUUGCAUAUGGCCCAAAGGAUCCAAAACUAGGAAUGGAAAAUAUUUUAAGAAGAUUUUUUGUUGGAAAUAUGCAGAUACACAUUACUAUAUAUAAACCAGUCAUAACAGAAACGCUGGUUGCCAGCAAGUUAUGUACAACUUUGGAAGCUUUUUUCCAACAAGAAAGCACUUGCAUUUUGAGUACCAAUGAGCAAUGGAUCAGCUUAUUCUUUAAAGGAGGUCAUUAUUUUAUGUUCGAUCCUCACGAACGGGAUAUUGAAGGAAAUUUACCAAAACCGGAUCAGCUUGGAACAGCAGUGGUAAUAAGAUUUGAUACUAUUAAUGCCUUGGCAUUAAAAAUCGUUCAUAAUUUAGGAACGAGCAACGAAAAUGGAGAAGAAACGUUUUCAUUAUGGAUAAUUUCCAUAGAUUCAAAAAAUUCAUAAUAUCAAUAAAAAUAAAUGUAAAUGUACAAUGUGAGUUAAAUAGUCUCCAAUAUAAUAAUUAUUAAGUG